CAAAUUCCUCUUUCCCCUUUAGCUUCUCUUCGUUUUUCGCAUCUUUCCCUUUCGAAGAAACCCUAAAUCGGAAUCAUAGAGAAACACUGAAAUACAGCGAUAUGUUGCGAGUAGCCGGGAGGAGAUGCUCUUCUCUCUCUUCAUGGUGGCCGUCUACUCCGGCCUCAUCGGCCAUCAUCUCUCGGAAUCCAAUCAACGGCUGCGGCGUUGAUUCCGCAUCUGAUGCUUCCAGAUCCGUGUCCAAUCCUAAUCCCGUAUUUCUCAAUUCCGCUGUUCUCCAUCAUAUCAGAGGCCUUUCUUCUGGUUCGAUUGCCCCAACACAUGACCUGGGUUUCGACGUCCCUGCUACAGUUGCUGCCAUCAAGAAUCCAACGUCUAAAAUUACUUAUGACGAGCACAACCAUGAGCGUUAUCCACCUGGCGACCCCAGCAAGCGUGCAUUUGCAUACUUUGUGUUGACUGGUGGUAGGUUUGUUUAUGCAUCUCUGAUCCGUCUCUUGGUAUUGAAGUUUGUUCUGAGCAUGUCUGCAAGUAAAGAUGUUCUUGCCCUUGCUUCCUUGGAAGUGGACCUCACGAGCAUCGAGCCAGGGACAACGGUGACCGUGAAGUGGCGUGGGAAGCCAGUUUUCAUCAGGCGUAGAACUGAGGAUGACAUCAAGCUAGCCAACAGUGUGGAUGUGAACUCCCUUCGGGACCCACAGGAGGAUGCUGUUAGGGUUAAAGACCCAGAGUGGCUUAUCGUGGUUGGGGUAUGCACUCAUCUGGGUUGCAUCCCGUUGCCGAAUGCAGGUGACUUUGGUGGUUGGUUUUGCCCUUGCCACGGGUCACACUACGACAUAUCGGGCAGAAUCCGUAAGGGUCCGGCUCCUUACAAUCUAGAGGUGCCUACUUAUAGCUUCUUGGCUGAUAAUAAGUUGAUGAUAGGGUGAAAUGGGUACAAGUUAAAAGAAGUGGAGCAAAGAGACCAUUGGUUUAAUUUUCUUACAAACUCGCCUUUUGUUUAUGUAUCAGAAUUUUGUAUGUGCUGCCAGGGGGUUUCGAGCUCUAAAUAAGGCACAGCAGCAGGUGGUUUAUUUGUUGGGAAUAAUUUAUACUACUUGUGUUUUGGAGGUUUUAUAUAUGUAACAUGCUGUGAUUCUUUGAUUUUCA